UAUGUGAUGUUUAUUUUGGGCCAUGCCUUGGCUCCCUUGGCCCCCGAGAAGGACGAUAUUUAUACCGCACCCAAUGGUAUGGAAGGGGAGGCGUCUCUGGGGAGGAAACCAUUGGUAUGAUUUGGGUUGGGGGACAGAGUGGCGGGGACACAAAAAACAAGCCCACUUCACUGAGGAGAAACGAGAAUUUCUUUCUUUCUUUCUUCCUUUUCUUUCUUCGCUUUCUUGUUUAGCAGAGUCCUCUCAUGGCUCAGUUGCCUCAUUCUCCUCCUCCUGCGAUAGACCAUCCACCCGCCAACAAUGUGAAAGUCAAAGUCUAUUACACGUUUAAAGGCAAUGCCACCACUUGCUUGUGUACCUUUGAAACCUCCUUCAAGAACAUCAAAAGCAAAAAGCUCCUUCAGAUUCCCUUGAAACGCUGUCUUCUAGCGGUAUGUUCGUCAUGCCCUGAUAUGCUAUCUGGCCCUCAUGAGGACUGUGCUGUGUAUACCGCUUCGUUCGAAGAAUCCGAACUGUCAACGAAAUACAACCAUUCCGUCACUUCCAAUCGUGGAUCUCCCGUCGAUAAGGUCAUUUGGGAAGGCCAUGGCUUGAUGUCUUGGAUAUUAGAUGACACGUCGCAACAUGAACUUUACGCCACAGGAAAAGUCGGCCCACCUUCUGGAGCUUACGAACAUACCGUCGAAGUGAUUCUUCAGUUACAACCCACUAUCAAGAUGUCAAAGUCGGCUUUUUACGAUAAUUUGUCCAGAGAAUCAAAACCCUCCGUCAACUCGUCCCCUCCUUCCAAUCCGCGCUUGACCGCUCCCAUCCCUAUUCAUCCACAACACUACACUCAACGAAAACGGAGUGACGACCAAAAUUUGGUUAGACGCUACUAUGAACAUCGGGAACAACCACCCCCUGUGUCUUUACCAUCUUUGACUCAAUCCCUACCACCUUACCCGUCCCAUCAUGACAACCAUCAUCCUAGUAGUCAACAGGAACAAAAGAUGGCUCGGAUGGAACGUAACCAACGCCUACAAAGCGAGCAUUACUAUGAUAACCCUGAAUCGCAACAUCGGCGCCAUCGCAUUUCUCCACCUACCACCUAUCAAACAAGACCUCCAUCGCAUCAACCGCGUGAUCGAUACCCUUAUCCACCCUAUCCACCUCAAGGGGAAGGUUCAGCGCAGUAUGAUAGGUUGGCUUGGAGAGACGAAGGGCCGUGGUUACGCAUCACCGACUCACAACAACCACCUUAUGCCAACCCAUCGAAAUCGAACGAUAUACCAGCGUACGAAGCUAGACAUCCUAUGCCCCCUUCUGCACCGCCGCCGCCCAGGUCACCUUCCACAGCUAGUGCUACCAGUGAUAGAUCAUCGACUGAAUAUCAUCAUCAGCAGCAUGAUCAACCGCAUAUGGAGAAUAACAAUGCUAUGAAACAUCCUCGCUUGAUACGAGCCAGUACUGCGGCACCGGCCUCAGAAUCCAAUUUGUACCCUUAUCGAUUACCUCUUGGCAAAACCAUCCAUCAUACGCGCCGCAAGAAACGGGAUACUAAGCCGCCUAACGCCAAUGAACUACGAACCAUUGUUGAACUGGAAAAGGAUGAUCAUGGAGAUUAUAAGCUACCCGUGGAAGUCGAUUCAUGGACCGUCAUUAGCCUUGGCAAAGUCAUUUGGGAUAAGCCCGCUUUUCAUAAUCAGCGAUACAUUUACCCAGUGGGCUAUGUGGUCAAAAAAUGGUACAGAAGUAUGAUUGACCCUCAUCGUGAUACACAAUACAUAUGCUCUAUUUUAGAUGGAGGCAAUGAGCCAUUGUUUCGCUUGCAAGCCGACGAUAAUCCAAAAGAAGUAUUCCAGGGUCAGACGCCCACCAGUGUAUGGACCAUUGCUGUUCGCCGAGCGUUCGCCGUGCGUAAUAUGGAAUAUGGACACAAUCCAGUGGGGCCGGACUUCUUUGGUCUGCGAAAAAACACCAUUGCAAAAAUGAUCCAGGAUCUACCUAAUGCAGAUAAAUGCCGCAACUAUGUUUGGCAAAUGUUCGAGAUAGGACGAAGUAAACAAGGGCGAGGUACCAAACGACCACAGGCCACUUUAGCGGACGAUGUCAUUCAUCAGCACCAGUUUGAACAAUCCGUUGCCCGCGGUCCUAUUGGCCGCAUUCGGUCGGUGAAGCUCAACACUUCCCCUGGCGAUGCUAACUCGACCCUAUACCCCACGCGAAGUGAUACCGAUAUUCAACAGGAAGACGACGAAGAGGAUGAGAUGGAUGAAGACGAAUAAGACCGAAUGAAAAAUAAAACCAAUAUAACCUCAAGAAUACUCACCCAUGUAAGAUAUGUAACCAGUAAAAAAGAAAAAAAAAAAUCCGCACACCC